CUGCACUACGGGACCCUCCUGGGCAGCAGAGCUUGUGCCCACAUGGCAGCAGUUGCCUGGGCCAUUGGCUUUCUCAUUGCUCUGCUGCACACAGCCAAUACAUUUUCCCUGCCCCUGUGCCAUGGCAAUACCCUGGGCCAGUUCUUCUGUGAAAUCCCACAGAUCCUCAAACUCUCCUGCUCCAAAUCCUACCUCAGGGAACUUGGGCUUCUUGCUGCUAGUGCCUGUUUAGAACUCACAUGUUUUGUGUUCAUUGUUUUCUCCUAUGUGCAGAUCUUCAGGGCCGUGCUGAGGAUCCCCUCUGAGCAGGGACGGCACAAAGCCUUUUCCACCUGCCUCCCUCACCUGGCGGUGGUCUCCCUGUUUGUCAGCACUGGCUUUUCUGCCCACCUGAAGCCCCCCUCCAUCUCCUCUUUAUCCCUGGAUCUGGUGGUGUCAGUUCUGUACUCAGUGGUGCCUCCACCCCUGGCCCACGUCUCGGGCCUGGGGGCCACGCAGAGGAGAGCGCCAAGGCGGGGCCCGCCGACAGAGACCUCGGAGCAGGAGGAGGAGGAGGCGGAGGAGGAGCGCGCCACAGACCGGAGCAGCGGGCUGGCCGCUGAUCCGCUCUUUCACGCCCCCUUGGUGAACUUGCGGAGCCGGCCACGACAAUAG